AUGGCAUCGAAAAGAAUAAUUCUUGUUACUGGAGCCAACACGGGCAUCGGUUUUGACACCACCUACGCGCUUGCCAGCACAAGUCCUAACAACCACAUCAUUCUCGCCGCCCGCAGCGCUGAGAAGGGUAGCAAAGCCCUCGCCGAGAUUGAAGCUCGCAAACCGGCGGGGACGAUCAGUCUGAUCGAGCUCGACAUCACAAAGGACGAAUCUAUCGCAGCUGCUGUGGCCAAGAUCACCGCCGAUUUCGGUGUGCUCGAUGUACUCGUGAACAACGCUGGGGUUAUCCCCCAAGAUGCUAUCGAUCGUCGUUCCGCUUAUAUCACGACUCUUAACACCAAUUCUGUCAGUCCCCUUCUCUUGACUGAAGCUAUGGUACCGCUUCUCCAGAAAUCAAAGGACCCUCGGAUUAUUAACGUUAGCUCAUGUUUGGGCUCCGUUUCUGAGAGGCUAAACCCCGAUUUUCAGUAUUAUGGCGCGACGGAAGAGGGAUAUCGUAUGUCCAAGGCGGCACUGAACAUGGCGACUGCGUGCAUGUCUGUGAAUUACAAGAGCUGGGGAGCGAAGGUCUGGGCUUUCUGUCCGGGGUAUGUUGUCACGAACUUGACCGGCGAGAAGGACAGACAAAACAGGAUAAACCAGGGAGCUGAAAGCUCGGAGACUAGUGCCGCUGGGAUUGUCGAUAUCGUUGAGGGCAAGAGGGACGGGCAGCCUGAUGAAUUUUUGGCAAAAUAUGGCAAAUCCUGGAAUUGGUAG